CUGCAGUGCGUACUACGUCACAGUUCGUCCAGGUCUGCAUAGCAAACCAGUUAGCAUUACAUCUCAGUUAGCGAGGCGCUCUAAUAAGUAGACAGAUCUGGUCAUGGAGGAGCACAGUCUGACCUGCACCAUCUGCUUGGACCGUUUCCAAUACCCAGUGACUAUCCCUUGUGGCCACACCUUCUGCAAGAAAUGCAUAUCCACACACUGGGAUCAGAUGGAGCAAGAUGGACCUCAGAAUACAUCAUUCAACUGCCCAGUUUGCAAAGAAACAUUCUCCCCUAGACCCAAUCUGAAUCGGAACGUGUCCCUGUCCGUUUUGAGCGAAGUGGCUGCCAACAGCACAGCAGAGAGAUCUGCAGGUGCGGCGUGUAGUAUGGACCGAGUCGAAGACGUCUCCGAGGAGCUCUGUCCUCGCCAUCAAAAGCCUCUUAUUUACUACUGCAGGAAAGAUUGUAUGUGUGUGUGCUGUGUGUGCUCUUUGAAAGAGUGCAAAGACCAUGACAAGGUGCUGGUGGAAGAGGAAAGGUGCAAUCGUGAGGAGGCACUGAAGAAGAAAAGCAUGGAGAUUGGAAAGUGCAUGGAGGAUACAGAGAAGAACAUUCUGCUACUCUCGGAAAAUAUCGCUAAAGCUAAGGUGUCGCUGCAGCAGACGUCUCAGUGGGUGUGCGCCAAGUUCUCACAGCUGCUGAAGGUGCUGAUGGAGAAACAGGAAGUGACGCAGAGUUUCCUGGAGCAGCAGCAGGCCAGCACGGUGUCUCAGGCCGAGUCUCGGCUCAGCAACCUGCAGGAGAAACUUAAGCAGCUCGGAGAGCUUCAGGAGCAGAUCAGCAGCCUCUGUGCCGUCCCCGACCGCCAGCUCAUUCAGGACUCCAGGCUGGUGGAGGUCCCUCAGAUGGGUUCAGUUCCUGUAGACGUCAGUGUAAAUCUUCAGGAGAAGCUGAGUCCGGUCACAGACGUCCUGUCUCGCAUCUCAAAGCUGGUGUGUGAGGAUCUGGAUAAAGCUGUGUAUGCAGCUGUGAGCCACAUCAAAGAAGGAUCUCCUCAAGACAAGAGACCAAUGCUUGCUGUUGUGCCAAGUCCAGCCACUCCGCCUUAUCCAGCAGGAAAGCAGGGCCUCAUUCAAUACCGUUGUUCGUUGACCUUUGACCCUCGCACAGCCAACGGUCACCUCAUGCUUUCUCAGAACAACCAGCGAGCGGAGCACCUGACCUCAGGGCCUCAUCAGGUGCCAGCUCACGAGGCGCGCUUCGAUUAUACCUGGCAGGUGUUGUGCUUUGAGAAUUUCACACACGGUCGCCACUACUGGGAGCUGGAGGUGUCCAAACCGUGGGCGUACGUAGGCGUGACGUACCCGAGCAUCCUACGCAAGGAGAAAGGCAGGACAUCCAUGCUGGGAAUGAACGAGCUGUCAUGGAGCCUGGAGCUGAACGAGCGCCAGCUCACGGCUUGGCACGGCAGUCACGGAGAGCCCGUGAAAGGUGAGCUGCAGUUAAACAAACGCCCUCUGCGUAUCGGCAUGCUGCUGGACUAUGAGGAAGGCACUCUGGCUUAUUACGGGGAGAACCAAGUGAGGUUGCACGCCUUCCACUGCAUCUUUUCCCAUGAGCUCUAUCCUGCCUGCUGGAUCGGAGAGGGGGUCAGCGUCACUCUCUGCCCAGUGUGAGCAACCUUACAGGUUCAGAAACACCGUGAUUCAGCCCAUGAAGCACUUUCUAACUUAUUGAACUCUGCAGCAAAUAAACAAGCACACCAUAGGACCACUUAAGUGCACUAGAGUAGGGAAGUAGUUCCAGGCCUCCUGAGAACUAACAAAUGCUUCUUGCAAAAGCCGCUUCCUGAAACCUGAAUUUUUUUAUUAGAAAAGCGAGCUGAAGCACUGUGCUCAAAGACACGUAUUACAGAACUCCCAAAAGCCAGACGCUCCAGCACAACUUUUUAUUUAAUAAAGAGAACAAUCUUCCUCACUAAUAUUUUUUUUUUCUGACGUUGUGUUUGUGUAACGUUAACGAUUUUGUUGCAAUUAAUGCACUUUGGUGAAAAUGUUCGGUACUGAAAAUGGUGUUUUCACACACGGAAAAGCGGUUAAUGGAUGAAUGAAUGAAUGAAUGAAUGGUCAAGAGCAGUCUUUUUAAGCUCCUGUAGCUCUACUAUACACAUUACCGGUCAAAAGUUUGGAGACACUUGACUGAAAUGUUUCUCGUGAUCGUUAAAAAUCUUUUAAUCUGAAGGUGAAUGAUUAAAUGUGUGAAAUCGGUCUUGUAGACAAAAAUAUAAUCGAGCAGACAUAUUCAUUUCUUUCAUUAGAAAACGAAUAUUUUAUUCACAAAAAAAUAUUGUUUUAAGCGGACGACUCGGAGCGUAAUAUUCCGAAAAGCAGCCGAUAAGAGUCCAGCGUAGGUGGGAACUCCUUUAAUACUGUUUAAAAAGCAUCUCAGGGAAAUUCCUCAAGAAAUCGGCUGAGAAAACGCCAAGAAUACAUUUCUGGAAAUUCUAGGCAAAAAGGGCGUCUACUUUGAAGAUGCUAAAUAAAUGAAAUUAUUUGGGAUUUUUUAUCACAACAUAAUUUCCCUAGUUCCAUUUGUGUUACUCCAGAGUGUUGAUGACUUUAUUAUUAUACAAAAAUGUGUGUGUGUGUGGGGGGGGAUAUCUAAGGGAAGAGCGUGCGUAUCUAAACUUUUGACUGGUAGUGGUAAUAGAGCUGCACAAUUCAUGAUGAAAUGGGAAUCAUGCUCAAGUCAAGCCACACAUGAAUGAAAAUUCACACCAUUCAUUCAUUCAUUCAUUCAUUUCACACACUGUUUGUUUAGUAAUCUGGAAUUUAUUACUCUGUACAUAAUAUUCAACAUUUUAGGACAAAUUUCUUCCUUCUUUACUACAUGCAGGUGUUUGCUUAAAGGCCACUUGAAGAUUCACGCACAUCUUUCUCAUCUUUCUCACAUUGUAUCUCCUCGUUUUCAUCUGCAGACUCGUUGUUCUUCAGGCGCAUGAGUGUGGUGAUGCGGUAUAAGGUCUGUGUUCAUUGGUCAUGGCGAAUAAGGUGGAGGAGUGCUCUGUUUUGUUCUAAUGCAAAUGUUUCUGACUAGAAUUGCAUUUAGACAAAUCGAGCGCUACUCCGUAAUACUUUAAAACCUGUACGAUAUAUAAAACGUAACAGGAUGUUCACACUAAUAGCUCAUUUUUUUGAGCUACUUCAAAUGGUGAGAACACUGAAGCACACUGACAAAAAUUAAUCUUGCUUUAAAAUUAUUUCUUUUAAACCUCAUAUAGUGAUCUUUCCUUUUCCACACAUAGAUGAUUUUAUAUCCCCAAAUUAGUUCAAAAUGCCUUAAUGAGUCCCUGUCUUUUUUUUUUUUCUUUUUUUAAAACUCAAACACAGUCUGUCCUUUCUACAUGUGAUGUUAUGUACUCAACCUGUACCCUCUGCCUUCUCUCCACUGCCUAUACUGGGUCAUCUGCUUGUUCACUGCAUAUAAGUUGUGUUUUACUUCAGCCCAGGUCAGCAUAUUUACAUUACUGUCCUUCUGUGAAGGGAAUUUUACAUUGAUGGUGUACUAUCUUAAAGUAACCCUUGCCUUUUUAUUAUGACUGUUAACAUGUGGAUGGACUUUGUACUGCAAACAGACUGGGAUGACUGUAGUUAUGUAAAAGAUCUUUUGGAUGAAUCUUUGGGAUGAAAUCUAUGUGUAGUGUCUGCUGCAAAGACACAGGGACAUUAGGAGAAGCGCACACACAUCAAGUGAUAAAUGCACCCCACUUACAAGUGAACCUCAUCUGAUCUAGUCACACUCAUCCUGAUGUGACAAGAACAUAAACCAUAUCGCCUGUAUUUGCAAAUCCAGCAAAUAACUAUCACUUCAAAAGGGAAUAAAAAAGACUUUGUAUGGACAAAGAGUCUUAAGAUAAAUGGAAUCUGUAUUCCUCCUUGACGAGUGUAUUUUAAAAUGUUUGUUUGCUGUCAAAAAAAAAAAAAAAAAAAAAAAACACAAACCCUGUAAGCCAGACCUUUAAACUGGUACAUGUUUAAUUUAAUAAAAUACAAUCCAUUAUGUUAGACAUCACAGCUGAGAGCAUGCUUGUAUGGUUACGUAUUUUCAAAUCCAAAUAAAUUAAGUAAGAACUGUUUGUGGAACAGCCAGACCAUUUGUGAACUGAUGUACUGAUGAAGGACCAAAAAAAGGUAAAGUGCACUGUUAGUUUGAGACAUUCUCCAGAGAAGCACACAGACACAAGUAGCACAGGGACAGCGGCUCCACGGGUACACCAAGAUGCCUUCGGGUUGAACACAUUCAAGAUACGGGGAAGGAUGUAAAGUAUAACGCCUGAAUGAAUACACGGCACUGAUUAGUAAUUCUCAUCACACGAUCAAUCCUAACACGAUGGCCCUGUGUCUUAUGAAACAUGGCCAACUGGGCCAGCUCCAGAAAAUAAACUUACAACUCGAGUCCAAUGUGCAGUCAGUGCUUUACAAAUGCAAAAUAUAGGGUUAGGAAAUCUGUCAUCACGGUUGUGACUCCUCAUAAGCCCUAAAACGUUAAUUUCUGCUCACUCACAUGAUAUUUCUUUUGUUUUUCCUCUCUUUCCUUGAUACCGACAUUGUUUACUGCUCAUUGGAAUAGACUCCUGGUAUGGAUAGG